CAAUGUCUUUCAUCACUGGCUUGUUAGCAAAGCGUGUAUGCCUAAGAAAGCUACCUGAGACUGCGGACAAACCGUGGUUCUCGCGUGACUAAAGGGUACCUUUGUCGAUUGUAGCCUUGCGCCUUCCCCAAUCGGUUACGCUUGGCAGCCUGAGCUUAGCCUCAUUGUUGGUGUGCGGCGGAGCUGCUCGCCCGCGGUUGCCUUUCCUCACUCACCCACGCGCAAACGUGAAAGCACAACGCCUGUGCAUAUAUAACUCCUCACUUCCCGAGCCUGCAGACCCUCCCCUCAACGCACCCUUUCUAUCUUCAAUCGAAACUGCCGAUCCAGUCCAUCCGCUCGACUCCAUCGACAGCUUACCCCACUUCUAUAACCACCUUAACACCACACAAACUAGCUACCGUAAUGGCUUCCACUACUGCCGAGGGCGUCAAGCUCAUCAGCAUUACCACCUCCGAUGGUGUCGAGAUGAAGGUCGAGCGCCCUGUCGCUGAGCGCUCCAUCCUCAUCAAGAACUUGCUCGAGGAUCUCGGUGGUGAAUCCGAGGAGUCUAUCCCCAUCCCCAACGUAAACGAGGCAGUCAUGAAGAAGGUUGUCGAGUGGUGUGGCCACCACAAGAACGACCCUCCCGCCACCCAGGACGACGACUCCGACUCGCGCAAGAAGUCCACCGACAUCGACGAGUGGGAUCAGAAGUUCAUGCAGGUCGACCAGGAGAUGCUUUUCGAGAUCAUCCUCGCCGCCAACUACCUGGACAUCAAGGCUCUCCUCGACGUAGGAUGCAAGACCGUCGCGAACAUGAUCAAGGGCAAGUCACCCGAUGAGAUCCGUAAGACCUUCAACAUCCAGAACGACUUCACCCCCGAGGAGGAGGAGCAGAUCCGCCGCGAGAACGAGUGGGCUGAGGACCGCUAA